AUGGCCCUGGCCACCGUGUGCAGCUUCGUGCUCAUCAGCCUGAGCAGUGGGGCCACCCGCCGCCUCAUCCCGAUCGUGAAUCCGAUCGGGCCCCUGAGGCUCGUCAUAUGCACCCCAGGUGGCGACGUGUACGACAAGGACUACUCGGGCAAGACCGCUGGCAUCGCUGCGGCCCGUCGCUGUCCUGACCGCGAUCGGCCUCCUGGCAUCGCGGCGGCGGCCAAGUAUCGCUGCAGGCGGGCCCCGACAGCUGUGACGGAGGUCGCCUUCGGCACGGCAGGCGACGCCUACGUGGCGAAGGUGCUCACGUCCGAGGCGGCCGCUGCCGAACAGGCCACUGCAGCCCCGGCUGCCGGGUGCCAGGUGCCCCUCGCCUCGGGAGACGGCCCCACUGGCCUGCCCGCAGUCGCUGGUGCCGCUCCCCGCGGCCAGACCGCGGCUGCGGCCGGAGCGGCGCCGCCGGCGCCCGCGGCGGGAGUCGUUGUCGCGGCCACCGCCCAGUGGGUCGAUGCCGAGAGCACGGCUUUCGCCAGCCGUGGCGAUCCAGUCUCGCCCCCGGCGAACAUCAUCGUGCACGGCGAUCUCGCCAUCAAGCAGGCGCCCGACAGACUCAGCACCGUGGUCAAGAACGUCCAGUCCUUGGACUCAGCGGGGCUCACGGCCCUGGAGGCGAUGCGGGGCCCUCACUACUUGGGCGGCUCGGCCUUCUUCAUGGCCCGGCCUCGCCAUCGCUGGAGCGACGUGUGCGUGGAGCUCGUGGGGGCCGCCUAUGCGUGGCGGACGGUUCCCGGGCCUCGAGUGGCGAAGUGGUGUGCAGAGUGGUUCGACCUGUGUUCGUCUGCACCCGUGGUGCCCCACCUGCAGCUCAUGAGCGUGAUCGGGCUGAAGCCGGUCUCGUGGGGGGUGGAGCUCCACGGCGCUGCCCUGCACGUGUUGGUGGAGGCGGCCGACUACGACAGUAUGAACAUCUGCGACUCGGUAGGCAUCGAAUCGCUCCUGCGCCAGGCUCAGCUCUCGGAGUAUGUCUACAGGAUGGACUCCAUGGGGGCUACCGAGAAGGUCGGGAGGGACGAGACUCCCCGCGCCUCGACGGUCACGGUCGUCGGCCUCAUGGUUGAGGAGACCGUCUUCUCCGGCAUCAACAGGAGCACGGGCUCGACCGUGGUGUGUCCAGCGUCCCUGGAUCAUGUGGUUCGUGCGGUAGGCAUGGAUGCCGCGAUUUUGAAACCAGUUCGGAAAGCCAAGGAGGAGCGCGCGGCGCUCCUCAUGAAGCAAUAA